AUGACACUAACGGAUUAUCCUACUUUCUCUGAAAGCCCUUUCUUCUUCGAUAGGAGGGCUGCCAGUGUACCACAACAGGAGGAAGGUGUAGUUCGAUCACACUCAAAUCCCAGAGUGGCUUAUUAUCAUCCGAAGGAAGUAGGAAAUUAUCAUUAUGGGGAACGACAUCCAAUGAGACCACAUCGUAUGGAAUUGACUAACCAAUUAGUACUUGGAUACAAAUUACAUGAAAAGAUGUCAAUGCAUUCACCUAGAAAAGCUACCGAACAAGAACUACUUGAAUUUCACGAUAAUGAUUAUGUGGAUUUUCUCAAGAGAGUGACACCUAAAAACGCUCAAAAUCUAACUAGGGAUUGGACGAAAUUCAACGUAGGAGAUGAUUGUCCUAUUUUUCACGAUCUAUUCUCGUUUUGUCAACAAUAUUCAGGAGCUACUUUGGCUGCUGCAAGAAAAUUAUCAAGUGGGAAUGCGGAUAUCGCCAUCAAUUGGUCUGGGGGUCUACAUCAUGCUAAAAAAGGUGAAGCUAGUGGGUUCUGUUAUGUCAAUGAUAUAGUAUUGGGAAUACUGGAAUUGUUGAGAUACCACCCCCGAGUCCUGUACAUCGACAUAGAUAUACACCACGGCGAUGGUGUCCAAGAAGCUUUCUAUCUUUCCAAUCGGGUGUUGACCGUAUCAUUUCACAAAUACUCUGCCGAUUUCUUCCCCGGAACAGGAAACCUCUCUGAAAUAGGAUCGGAUCUAGGCAAAUACUUCUCACUAAACGUACCACUUCAAGAUGGGAUCGAUGAUGAAUCGUAUAUAUCCUUAUUCAAAGCAGUUAUGGAGCCCACCAUAACGACAUUUCGGCCGUCCGCUAUAGUCUUACAAUGUGGAGCAGAUUCACUAGGAUGUGAUCGAUUAGGCACAUUCAAUCUAUCAAUCGCGGCUCAUGGAGAAUGUGUUAGGUUCAUCAAAUCAUUUGAUUUACCUCUAUUGGUACUUGGUGGAGGUGGAUACAGACAAUCAAGCGUAGCAAGAUGUUGGGCAUAUGAAACAGGAGUUUUGGCAGGUAUGAAUUUAUCGAAUGAAUUACCACAAAAUAAUUAUUAUGAAUUUUUCGCUCCUGAUUACCAACUUCAUCCACCUUUGACUGGAAAAAUCCAAAAUCUAAACACGAGACAAUCAUUAGAAAGGAUCAGAAUAACCAUAAGAGAAAAACUGAGAUACUUGAAUGGCGCUCCGAGUGUGCAGAUGCAAGAGAUACCACCUGAUUUAAUGGGAUUUCUAAAUAAUGAAGAACAGAAUCAAGAUGAAAAAUUAGAUGAUGAUUCUUCUUUACCAGAUACAAGAAGAGAAAGUAAAUUGAAAGAUGGUGAUUUAUUAGAUAGAGAAAAUUCUUCUUCUGGUGAUGGUUUAUCGAAUGGUCCGUUAGGUGGUGCAAGGAGAAGAACCAUUAGGGUAUAG